ACCUAAAGCCAUAGAUCCAUAAACCCUUCACACCGAAAAUUGCCCCCUUCCCGUGUAACGUCUGACUGAGUCACCGGGCAAACUCCCCGUACGAUCAGGGGAGUCUUUCAUGAAAAUAUUUGUCCCUGAUUUUCAUCGACGGGUGUCAUAAGCUACUGAAAUUCCUUCCUUCUGAUUGGCUGACAGCAUGUUAGGCAGUGAAAAUCAAUGACGGAUUGUUUCCAUGAAACGCUCCCUGAACCACAUCGCUCCCGUUUUCUGACAGAUUCUAGGACAACUUACAAGGGGUGCCCCCUAUUCGCUCAUUGCCAUUUCGACUACGUUAGGGGUAAUAUGCGAGCUCGUAACUCGAUACAGUCUACGUGAGUUUGCGAUAUCGUUUUUGGAGUUGAACUUUUGGCAUGUUUUGAUUAAAAUGACGUCAGAAAUUGGGAGCAGUUCUUUUUGUUUCUGGCUCACAUUGUUGUCAAAGUGAGCUAGGCUUAUACAGGAUUUAUACAUCAGUUUGGCAGCCAACAAAGGAUGUACAUGUAUAUCCAUUCUAGACCAUAGAUGACAAAGCUGUCUUCUUAAUCAUGACGUCAUCAAACUAUGUCUCAUCUCGACAGCAUUAAAGGACGUUAUAGUGAGUUUAUCGAAAGAGGGCGUGUGUUUUCUCUCUUCGGACGAGUGAAUUUCAAAGGCUCCGUCAUGUUUCAUGCCGAUCUUUCUCAGCUGUUCCCCUGGAUGCUAGCCAUCUUCACUGUGUUGGGACUCAUCGCGUGCUGUGCAUGGUUUUACAAAUGCCUCAAGAAAUGCAACGACCGUUGUUCACUCCUCCGCACACAGCACAGCAUAAAUCACGGGUCACAAUCAUCAAGACCCGACCCUCACGACUUCUACCAAGUCGGAGCCUACAGAACCCGGCCAACAGGGAGCGUCCACGUCGCAUCGACGUCGCUUUCGACGCCGCUGGUCAGUACGAUGAGGGAAAGUUACGCGUACCGGGGACCGUUCGCUCUCAAAACGCACUAUCCACCGUACGCGCAUCUCGCACCGCCUCCGUCGUACGACGAGGCGAUGUCGUCGCCGAGUGCCGCAUCGCCAACAGCAUUCGUGGUCAACGUCGGACAGGGUUCGGCCCAGGAAAUGACAGAAAUGGAAGCGACAGAAGAGGCUGGCAAUGAAGUUGAGCAGAUUGUUGAAGAGGAAGAAGAAGAGGUAGAUGAGAUUGAUGAUGACGAUUUAGCUCAUCUAACUGAGGCUUCGAGUGGCCAAAGUGAACACAGGAAUCGAGAAAAUAAUUUAUGAUGAUUGCCUUAAUAUCCAAACAUGCGAAGUAUUCAAUGAGAGCUGUAUCGAACAAUCCAACCUUUGCAAGCACGCCAUUUAAAUUUCUUUCUUACUUGCUGCUAUAUCAGGUAACCCUGACAGGUGACGAAUAUGCCUCGACAUCCGUCAUACGAAGGUCGGCGAACUAUACUAUACACAGACGGCAAUAAUUCGAACGCGAUAGCUUUUUUUUAUAAUAAUGGCCAAGAAUUUAUUUGAGAUUCGAGAAUGAAUCGGUUGCUGAUAUGACAGGAAAGAGGGAUAAGUUUAACGUAUGCAUCGACAACGUGUCUUAAAAGUGGGGUUAAGAAAAAAACCUAAAUUCGAUGUCGGCGUCGUUCUGGAAAAUGCACUGAUGUAUUAUGCAGGUCUAGUGAAGGUUUAUUCAUGGGUGCAAAUGAAAAUUAUUGCUGAGCUGAUAGAAUGAUUACUCUCCCACUUCUCGAUGAUGAUAUUGACAGAAGUGGUGAUCUGAUCAGAAUGAUGAUAAAACAUUAUUAUUUAAAAUAAUGUGGUAUACAGUCCUAUUGGUUUUGCAUGUUGGGAUUGGGCUUAACGCGCCGACAUAGCAAAGGAAGCACCCGUCUUAAUUCGCAAACUUGCCUUCAUAGGUUAUGCUAUAUGAUAAUGACAACAUAUUUUGAUAUUUGUACAUGCACCAGAGCCGCAGUAGUAUCCCAUUUUUAUUGAAAAGGGGGGAACGAGAUGAUUUGUGAAAAAAAUCCAAAACAAUUAUCAUGAUUGUUGUCAUUACUCUUCCAAAGAUGGCAAAUUAAUGAAAUGUGUUUAUAUGAGGAUCACAAUUUCCCGUUUGGCAAAGUACCAAAAUCAUACAUAUUUGUAAAUGUUUUGUGGAGCGCUUUGAGCAGUCGAAGAUUGAUAUCGCGCUAUAUAAAAGCCAAUUGUUAUUAUUAUUUUCAAUUAUCAUAUAGUUUUCCACUUUCCCUUGUUAAAGGGAAGGCACGUGAAAGGGAUAAUAAUCUAAUUUAAUCAUGAAAAUCGGUUAAGCCCUAAGAGGUACUUCUACGCACAGGGGUGGAUCCAAGAUCCAACGAACUGGGGAGAGGCACAGAAAAUGAUUUCAUGAUUUAAAGCAGAAUCACAUGCAUAGUUUAAAAUAAAACAAACAAAAAUCAUAUCAUUAUGAUUAAUCAGUUGCAUUGAUACAUGAAUAAUAAAAUAUUGAUUUAUCGAGUUACAAACAAGUUGUAUAAAAUUGUGGCAUUAUCACCUUAUUUGAAGUUACGUGAGGUCCGUGUAUAAGAAUAAAGCACGAGUGAUAACCUCUGAUCUAUGAUCGUGAUCUUAUCUUUUGAUGACACAAUAUGAACCAACUGUCUGAAUAAAAUAAAAACACAGUAAAUAUUUUUUUAAGAUUCACAAUGUACCCCCACCAUUUUCAUUGGGUAUUCAUUAUCAAAACAGCACAUACACUCUAAAAAUGUAUACCCAAUGUUGGUUAUAAUGGGAACAUGCAUGUUUGUUGGGUAAAAUUAAAGAUACCAAAUAUUUUGUAAAUUUUGCGUUGAAAUUUACCCUUCAAACAUGCAUUUUGCCCAAUAUUGUGGGGAAAAAAUUACCCAGCAAACAUUCAUUUUCCCUUUCUACCAAAUAUUGGGUAAAUUUUUACUCUCUAUUUUUAGAGUGUAAGAAAUAUAGUAAUGAUUUACUAUGUGUAUGUAUUCGAAAGAUCUAGUAAUAUUUCAAUACAUUAUGUAAAAUUAUGUGAACAUUAUGAACGAAAGGCCAACUUAAUUGCUUUGUUUCGAGAUCGCACUGCCUCCUUGAAUGUCAUAUAUGUAAAUAUAGUAAACUGUACUAUAAGUCAU